CUUCGGCGGGACGCCAACGCUGGAACGCGGGGAUUCUGGCGCACCUCAGCGGUGAGCCAGGCAUGGCGGGCCCGGGCCCCGUGUCGAGUGUGCUGGGGCUGCUGCUUGUGUCUGCGCUGUUUGGGGUCCUGGGAGAGCGCCCCAGCCCCGAUCUGGGGGCACACCCAGAACACCGCUCCCAGGUCGGUCCUGGGGCCACCGAACCCCGGCGGCGGCCGCCACCCAAGGACCAGCGCGAGCGGGCCCGGGCCGGAGCGCUGCCUUUGGGGGCGCUGUACACCGCUGCCAUCGUGGCUUUUGUGCUGUACAAGUGUUUACAGCAGGGCACGGAUGAGGCUGCCAUUCUCCAAGAGGAAAAAAACAAGAAGAAAUCCUUGCAGGCAGAGCAACAGCUGGUGCAGUUGACACAACAGCUGGCCCAGACAGAACAGCAUCUCAACAACCUCAUGACCCAGCUGGACCCCCUUUUUGAGCGGGUGACUACGCUGGUUGGAACCCAGCGGGAACUCCUCAGCGUGAAGCUCAAGACCGUCCACCAGCUCCUCCAAGACCGCAAGCCUGACACGGGUGUACAAGUUCCAGAGGCCAGCAUACCCUUUCCUGAGGACUUGGGGAAAGAGGACCAACAAGAAGCUGGGAACAGUCAGACCUGCAAGGGGCCCACAAACUGGAACCCAGAUUCAUGGAACCUAGCUCCUUCCUGGGAGGUGGAGCAGGGACUGAGACGAAGAUGGCGCAAGACUGUCACAAAGGACCCAGCAAUGAAGGGGGGGCAGCCACUGAAGGGUCAGUAAAACCCAGUCCCCUGG